UCCCAGCCAGUUGCAGCUACACCAUCAUCAUCAUCAUCAUCAUCCUCAUCGACCAAAGGCUUCCUCCAUUCAGGGCUAAUUAAGGAAACGGAAAGGAGAGCAGAGCAGCACGUCGACAAUGCUGCCGUCACGUAAACAUUUAAUUGCCUUCGUUGUGGUGACAACAUUAGUAUGCUUAACAGUGGGCCAGGAGUCGUCGUUUCUGGCCACGAUCACCAGUUCAAACAAUCAACUACAGUCAGCUAAUGGAACUAGCUUGAAUGAAACAAUUACGAUUAAUAUUAGCGAAAUAAUUGCAGCUGCCGAGGCGGCAUCAAAUGCCACAGAAUCCUCGUCUAGUACUACGGCAGGCACUACAGAAGUCACAUCAACUUCAACGGAAACUUCUAUAUCAUCCACAACCACAGCUACAUCAGCAGCAUCUACAUCAACUACACCUACAUCAACUACAGCUACAUCUACAACAGCGCCAGCCAGUUCAACGACCACACAAGCAACUGUUACCUCAUCCACAGACACAACCACAAGCACACAAUCAACAACAACGACUGUGGCAGACACAACCACAACAACAAGUACUCCUACUACAACGCAAUCUUCCACAACGCUAUUACAAACAACAACUACACAAGCUCCAACAACGACAACACAAGCUUCUACAACAACACAGCAGCCUGCCACCACAACUAUCGCUGCUACCACCACUCCCCAAGUCUCAACAACAACCACUCAGACUUCAACAAUAACCACACCAUCUACAACUACACCAUUGUCCACCACAAGCAGUACACAAACAUCCACAACAAGCACACCCCAAUCUACAACAACUGCUACUGAAAGUUCAACAACAACAGCUACUGAAACUUCAACAACAACAGCACAAUCAACAACUCAAACUUCAACCACACUAUCUACUUCAACAACACCACAAUCCACUUCCACAACACCACAAUCUACUUCCACAACACGACAGUCUACUUCCACAACACCACAAUCUACUUCAACAACAACACAAUCUACUUCCACAACAGCUGCAUCUACACAAACUUCAACAACAGAAACUCAAUCCACAUCCACAACAUCAGAAACUUCUACAACAACACUACAAUCUACAACUCAAACUUCAACAACACCACUAUCUACUUCCACAACAUCACAAAUUUCAACAACAACACCACAAUCUACAUCUACAACCACUCAAACUUUAACAACAACUCCUCAGCCCACAACAACAACCACUAUAGCAGCAACAACCAGCACUGAAACUUCAACAAAACUUGCAGAUAGCACCACCAUUAGUUCCACAACACUUGCCGAUAGCACUAGUAGUUCAACAAAAACCACGAGCACAACACCAAUUGCUUACACCGUUUACACCGUAGAACCCUAUCCAAACAUUUAUGGUCGAUCGAAUGAGAUUGUUAAGCCCCAGAGGAAAUUGCGAAAGGGUCGCAAGGGACGUAGAGGCAGGAGGCCACGUCGUCGCACCACCUUGGCACCACUGACAUCUAGCACCACCACCACCACAACAACAACGACAACAGAAAGGAGCACGCUAAGUGGGUUCGAGGAUUUCAGCGAGGACUAUGAAGAUCUUGUACUAAAUUCGAAUACUGUACUGGAACCAUUUCCCCAGUUGCCUCUCGAUCUUGGAAAUAUCAACAAUAACAGGAUCCCCAACUAAAAAAUCGUUUUCAUAAUCCCCUCCAGGAGACUGAGACCAAUAACUGGAGUCCCACGCUUGUUUCGCAUCCCAUAAGUUUAGUUUAUUAAUUCAUAUUUAAUACAAAUAUAUAUUAUAGAAUGCAA